ACAAAAAUAAUUAAAAGACAGAGGAGUCUAUAAAGUUAAAAGCCGUCCAAAACCCAAACCAGGAAAGGCAAACGAAAAGAAAAAAUGGCUUUGAAUUUUAAUGCCAUCGCCUCGAAAUCUCAGAAGCUCCCUUGCUUUGCUCUUCCACCAAAGGCCACCCUUAGAUCUCCCAAGUUUUCCAUGAUCUCCACCAUUCCUUCUGGCUCCAAAGAGGUUGGGAAUCUGAAAAAGCCUUUCACGCCUCCAAAGGAGGUGCCUGUUCAGAUCACCCACUCCAUGCCGCCUCACAAGAUUGAGAUCUUUAAAUCUUUGGAGGGCUGGGCUGAGAACAACAUUCUGACUCACCUCAAACCAGUUGAGAAAUGUUGGCAACCCGCUGACUUUCUUCCAGAUCCUAAUUCUGAUGGAUUUCAUGAGCAAGUCAAAGAGCUUAGGGAAAGGGCAAAGGAGAUCCCAGAUGAUUACUUUGUAGUUUUGGUUGGUGAUAUGAUCACCGAGGAAGCCCUUUCAACUUAUCAAACAAUGCUUAAUACCUUGGAUGGAACUCGUGAUGAGACAGGUGCUAGCCUUACCCCUUGGGCCAUUUGGACCAGGGCUUGGACUGCUGAAGAAAACAGGCAUGGUGAUCUGCUUAAUAAGUAUCUCUACUUGUCUGGGAGAGUGGACAUGAGGCAAAUUGAGAGGACAAUCCAGUACUUGAUUGGAUCGGGAAUGGAUCCUCAUACAGAGAAUAGUCCUUACCGAGGAUUCAUAUAUACUUCGUUCCAAGAAAGGGCAACUUUUAUUUCCCAUGGGAAUACAGGCAGGUUGGCUAAGGAGUAUGGGGAUAUUAACUUGGCUCAAAUUUGUGGUAGCAUUGCCUCAGAUGAGAAGCGCCACGAGACAGCCUAUACCAAAAUCGUUGAAAAGCUGUUUGAGAUUGAUCCUGAUGAAACAGUCCUGGCAUUUGCUGACAUGAUGAAGAAGAAAAUCGCCAUGCCGGCUGAGUUCAUCUAUGAUGGCAGAGAUUAUAACUUAUUUGACCACUACUCAGCUGUUGCCCAAAGAAUCGGGGUUUACACUGCUAAGGACUAUGUUGAUAUAGUAGAGCACCUGGUGGAUCGAUGGAAGGUGAAGGAGCUAGCUGGGCUUUCAGCCGAGGGGCGUAAAGCUCAGGACUACUUGUGUUCACUUCCUUCGAGAAUUAGAAGGUUAGAGGAGAGAGCGCAAGAAAAGGCCAAGGAAGCACCCAGUGUCCCAUUCAGUUGGAUAUUUGAUAGAGAAGUGAAACUUUAGGUCAUGAAAUACAGUUAAGACUCCUGCAAUGCAUUUGAGGAAACAAACACGAAGAAGCUGAAUGCCAACUUCUCUUUAUAUAUCCGAUGUAAUAGUGGUUGUAUAUGUAACAGGAGGAAUUGCGUGGCUUUGGUUAGGGUAGCACAUGUUUUCUGGAUGUGUUGUGUCCUUAAAAAAUAAUGCCGAUAGCGGCAGCUGUGAUAGUUUUAGAUGUUUGUUUUCAUAAUGUCUGUUAUAUCGUUGUACGAGUAGUAUGUGUUGUUUUUGUUGAAACAAUCUUCAUAUCUUAGUGAUAAAUGAUAAUGCUGUGUAGUCAUAGUUUUUAGUUUGCAAUAAAAAAUUCCUUCUCGA